UUCGGAUUCGAAUUCAGAUUCAAAGUGUAGCGUUGAAUUACAAGCGCAAGUGCUCAAUUCCAUUGUGUUUUUUUGUGUGUGCUGUGUUUUUUCUUGCAUUUUGGGCAGCGACAAAAAUUCUCAGCAACGACUCCCAACAAGUUGCUGCUGGUCAAAACAAAUAGCCACACAGAAAGUUGCGACCCAGCAACAACAGCAACUACAACUACAACGGCAACAACGACAACCAAGCAAACGGCAUUCUUUCGCGCAACAACAAAAAGCAGUUGCCAAAGAGAGGACAGCACCAAUACAAACACAAGCAAUAUAAACGCCAGAGCGCUCUCUCCCGUUCAGUCGCGCUUGUACUCUUUUUGUAUGUUUGUGUGUCCUAUCUGUGUGUGUGGAGCUGCAGCGACCGUUUGAUUAAAUCGUACUAUCCCCAAACUCCGCGGUGUCUCUCUAUUGUUGACUGAUCGCGUCGAGCGCCCACACAAACGCCAGUGAGAGAGCGCGUGAGACGCGAGCCGUCCAUUGGAAUGCGGCCCGCCGUUGCCGUCUUCGUUGACUGCGCAGUCGCAGCGCUUUGUUAGUGUUUGACGAAGAGGUCAGCUAAAGCUUUCGGGAAGCAGCCGCAGCAGAAUCAACAAUAACAAAAAACAACGAUAAUUCAAAAACAACAAUACAAUUUACUGUUAUUUUGACAUCGCGCAGUAAACGGCGUUAAUCGAUUCUCAGUGCAAAAAGAAAAACAAAGAAAGUUCGCUGUUUAUAAAAAGUUGUGAAUAGAAAAUAUCCAGCGACACUCAAUUUUUGGAUUACGCGCUUAAAGCGCCCCACUUUUCCCCACCACUGACAACAACAAACACGAAAACAAAAUGCCGUCAACUGCAGCGGCGAACGACGGCAGUGCAUAAGCAGCAACGUAUUUCGAACGCGCGCGCUGUAUACGGAAAAUGAUGCAGCAUGCGAGCAUUUUGCACCGUCAGCGCGCCCCUGGAAGUAUGCGCGUCCUCAGCCGAGCAACUGUCACCCGGCUCCCGAUUUUUGGCACUGAGACUUCUCGGCCAACAGCAGCCGAAAACCCUUUACUUCCUAGUCGAUGCAAAGAGUCGCGUCCGAGAGGUUUAUACGCAGACAUGUCUGCACUUUGCCACGCAGGGCAUGCAGGACACCGAGCUGUUCGGUCUGGCCGUGCUCAUAGAUGGCGAGUACAUGUUUGCAGAUCCCGAGAGCAAGCUCUCCAAAUACGGCCCGAAAAGCUGGCGUUCCUCGCACACGCACGGCCUGGAUGCCAAUGGACGUCCUCUCCUCGAGCUACACUUUCGCGUGCAGUUCUACAUCGAGAGCCCGUUCAUGCUGAAAGACGAGACGUCCAGGCACAACUAUUAUCUACAGCUGCGCCACAAUGUGCUGCAGCGUGAGCUGCCGCGCGACCAUGCCGAUCAGGCUUUGGUCGUGCUCGCUGGCUACGCGCUGCAGGCGGAUCUGGGCGAUGCCCCCACAAUAGCAGCGGCUGUAGAAGCUAACACAACAACAUUAUCAACAACAACAACAAAAGCCCCAACUACAAUCCAUCAAAGCAAGGAGGAAAUGCACGAGGAGCAGGCGACAAUGGCUGGCACAUCUCGCAAUGGUAGAUCUACGGGAAUGACCACAACGCUGCCCAAGAUCCGAAAGCGUCUGAGCAGCUACAAUGAGCGAAUGCUGCGCCUGUCUACCUAUGUGACCUCCACCAGUCAGGCGGCUGCCAAGCGUGAAGCCGCUCCCACCUGCCCAGUGCCCUGCAGCAGCUCCACGGAUUACUUUCGCAUGGAAGACUAUUUGCCAGCAACACUACACACGGCCUGGGCGAAGAGCGAGUUGCACGCCUGCCAUCGGGAGCAUCAGGGUCUACCCUCUGCCGAGGCGGAACUGUUCUACAUACAGCAGGCAUGCAGUCUGUACGAGACCAUCAAUGCACACACGUUCCGUAUGCGGCUGGCGAAGAGCGAGGCGGGAGUGGGCAGUGCUUGGUUUGUCAUCUAUGCGAAAGGCAUCAAGAUACUGGGCAGUGGUACAGGAACCGAGCCAGCUACCUUUCUGUGGCCGCACAUAACUAAACUCUCCUUCGAGCGCAAGAAGUUCGAGAUACGCUCCGGGGAAAGUCGCAUUACGCUCUACGCUGCCUCCGAUGAGAAGAACAAGCUAUUGCUGACGCUCUGCAAGGAUACACAUCAGUGGAGCAUGAAGCUGGCCGCCCGCCUCAAGGAGGUGGGCAAACGCGAGGAGGAAGAAGCGGAAUCGCAAUGCCUGCACGCAAGCUACGCCUGCUCGCGCAGUCUGCUGUUGCCAUACAAGAGCAAGAACGAGCAGCGCAUCUCUGUCAUCUCGAGCACCAGUUCCAAUACCACCUCGGGCAUUGUCAGCGAUCGCGUGCACUCCGAGGAUGAGCUGGAGAUUAUGAUAAACACGCCGCCAGCACCAAUUGCUGCGCCCUCCACAGAGAGUCUUGCCUUGGCGCAUCUGCUGGACAGACCCAGCGUGAGUCGGCAAACGUCGUCGGUGGGUCAGAUGUCGCUGAAGGACUUGGAGGAGCAGCUGGCUGCGCUGAGCGUAAGCGUGCGACCCACUGAAGUUCUGGCCAGCAACAAUACUGGGAGUCAACGGACAACCACGACUAGCAACAACAUCAGCAUCAACACCGCCAACGACUCGUCCACAACGACCACAGAUUCGCCCAAUUCGCAGCAUAAUAUUGGCUCGCAGUGCUCUUCAACGUGCAGCACGGUGGUGGUAACGACACCACCGGCACCACCAGCUGCCGUCCACUCCACAUCGUCCAGCCUCGAGUUGGGCUUUAGUCACACGGCACAGAACUCCGCCUUAAGCGAGUCCAAUCCCGACGAUUUCCUGGCACCAUCCGUGCGUGAUGACAGUGAGAGUGUCUCGGGCGUAUCUGGUGUGUACACAUUGGCCCAUGGCAUGGCACCACCCACGGAGACAUCUGGAGUUUACACCAUGCACAGCAGCGAGCUCACUGGCCAAUUCUCCGAAUUGGCCGAGUCUGAGAAGAGCUCACACUAUGGCAUAUUCCAGCCAGCUAAGAGCGAUGGUAGCCAUGCGCCCAGCGACUCGGUGGAUGGUGGCGCUGGAGCCGGCAUAGGUGUCGGUGGUGGUGUUUCAGCCAAGAAGUGCAACGAGUUCCGUUUACGUUCCGACUCCAAUAUCAGCACAAGCAGCUCCUUUCGCGGCGAUGGCAGUGAUCCCACGGACAACAAGCAUACGCUGCUCUCUGCUGAAGAACUAACCAAUCUGAUUGUUGGUCGUGGCACCUAUCCCAGCCGCAAGACUGUGUCCAGCACCUUGCACUCAGACUGCGAUUAUGUGACGCUGCCGCUGGCGGACGGCGAGCCCAACGACGCACAGGUGCAGCCGCCUGCACCACCGCCAUAUAGUGCAAGGCACGAGAAGACGGGUCUGUGUGGACCACCUGUGGUGCCACCGCCACCUGUGCCACCUAUGCCCAAGCCAGUCAGCAUGCCUAUGCCGAAUCCGGAGCCACCAGCUGCGCCUGCUUUACCACCACCAACAGCAACAGCCGUUGUCGCAACAGCUUUGUCAGUUGCUACACCGCCACCGCCACCACCGGCUGCUGCGCUGCGUCGACGUGAUCCGCCGCCCUAUCCCACAUCAAUGAAACCACGGCCCACAUCGCUAAUCUCGAUGACUUCCUCAGCGGCACCGGCACCGAGUGCCGCGGGCUCAAUGAGCUCCCUGAAAUCGGAGGAGAUAACGGCGCGCUUUAUAACCACCCGGCCACAAAUAAGCAUCCUCAAGGCGCACACAAGCCUGCUCCCAGAUGGUGCAAAGCCCAGCUAUGCCGCACCCACGCACUAUUCCUCGGCUGCCUCGUCGAGUGGAUCUGUGUGCAGCCAUCAGCUGUCGCAGCAAUCAUUGCACAAUUCCAAUUAUGCUGGCGGCUCGCAGGCAUCGCUGCAUCACCAACACCACACGCACCAUCAGCACCACCAACACCAUCAACACCACCAGCACCAGCACCAGCACCACCACCAUCAGCAGCAACAGCAGCAGCCGCUCGCGCAUCAUCGCCAUUCGGGCUCGGCUGCGAUUGGCAUACCUAUAGUUCCUUACGGGCUGCAUCAUAAGAGCACCGCCUCGCUGCACCACCAGCAGGCGCCGCCACAGCAGGCGUGCGUGCUGUUGCCAGUGAUAAAGCCGCGACAGUUUCUGCCGCCACCGCCGCCCAGUUUGCCGCGCCAACCUCCACCGCCUCCACCGCCCACACAUCCCCAUCAUCUGGCCGGGCUCUACAGCAGCCAACUGGCAGCGCGCAAUCAGCUGGAGCUGUACCAGCAACAGAUGUACAGUGAUGUCGACUACGUCAUUUAUCCCAUACAGGAUCCGGCCGUUAGCCAGCAGGAAUAUCUGGAUGCCAAGCAGAGUUCGCUGCUGGCCGCCAUGGCGCAGGCGCCGGCACCGCCGCAUCAUCCGCCCUAUCUGGCCUACUCAGCCGGCUGGGACACCUGUAAGGGUCAUGCCAUCUACCGGAGUACGCCGUAUUUGCCGCUGGCGCUAUCCACGCACUCGCGCUACGCUUCCACGCAGAAUCUGUCGGACACGUAUGUGCAGUUGCCCGGCGCCGGCUACUCGCCGCUCUACUCCCCAUCCAUGGCCAGCAUGUGCAGUUCAUAUGAGCCGCCGCCGCCGCCACCGUUGCAUCCGGCAGCGAUUGCAGCGGCCGCAGCGGCAAACGCUAACAGCCUCUUUGCACGAUCACGAUCAGAUGAUAAUAUUCUGAACUCGCUCGACUCGAUGCCGAUGCCCAAAGUGAAGCGUUUGCCGCCGCCGCCGCCGCCACCGUACGUUAAUCGGCACAAGAAACCGCCGAUGCCGGCGCCCAGUGAACAACCGCCGCCAAUUCCUUCAAAGCCAAAUCCGAAUCACAGCUUGAGCAUGCUGCCGCCACGCAAGCCGCUUACGCUCAAUCCGCACCAGUCCAAUAGUCCGCUGAUCAAGACAUCCAGCGGCGCCCAGUGGGCUGGUGAGCGUCCGCGACCCGAUCUAAGUCUGGGCUUGAAUCGUGGCAAUAGCAACAGCAUAUUGGCGCAGCUGCAGGCCUCGAUGGCCGCCAGCAGCCAGUCCCAGUCGGCCAAUGCCCAGACCAAUCCGCUGGAUAUAGCGUUGCUUCGCGAGAAGAGCAAACAUCUGGAUUUGCCGCUCAUCUCGGCGCUGUGCAACGAUCGCUCGCUGCUCAAGCAGACCAAGGUCAUAGUCAAUCCGAAGAACGCCAAGCAAACGACGAGUGUUGCAACGGGCAACAAUGUCGUCACCGCUGCAGCCACUGCGGCACCCGCUGCAACCACCUCGACUGGUUGUGGUGUGGGUCAUCACAGCGCCAGCAAAUCCCUGGCUCAGCCACCGGCCAUGAAUGGUAACACGGCCACGCCCACAACAGGCACACUGAGCAAAGGACGAAAGAGCGCUACGAUCAGUCAUCGACAUCCGCAGGACAAGCUGCCGCCACUGCCAGUCCAGCUGGCGGAGGCCAACAACUAUGUCAUGGAUCCAGCGGUGGUUAUGAAACACCACAAAAGCUACAACUCGCAGUCACAAACGCAAACGCAAUCGCAGACCUAAGCACCAAACAAGAACACAAAUAGGCAGAGCAGCCCACUCAAUUCUCUAGUUACGAAUGUGAAUGUGGUUGUUGGUAUUGGUGGUGGUUGAUGGUUAAUGGUUGAUGGUGAUCGUGUUGGUGGGUCAGCGAAGUCCAGCUCAGAAUUUGCAUAGUACGCGAAUUGGUUGAUCACAGUGUGUUGGCGGCUGGAAAGUAGGUUUGAACACCAGGUUUCAACAGGCCCGCUUCCACAGGACAACGAUCGUGAGACGUUUCAAAGAAUACAAACAGCCAGUACAACAGUUAAGGACAAAGUAACAAAAGCAAGAGACAAACAAACAAAACGAACCUCAAAUACGCAUUCAAAUAGCACACACAGAACCCAGUCUAGUCAAUUUAGGUAUGGGAAAACUGAGAGAAACUCAACUAUGUAGAAUGACAAAACUAGAAACACAAAACAGGAAUUUUAAAAGACAAGAAACAAACGUGAGAAAUGGAAGCAACAAUACUCAAGUAUAAAAUACGAACUACUUAAUUUACUAAAACUAAACAAAAAACAAAAAAAAAAAACAACUUUAUAAAAUACUUAGACUAGAUUAGCUAGGUAGUGGCCGACUCUCAGUAUCUGAGGGUCGCUUAAGAACUUGAAUAGGCCCAGAUGCGAUUACUUAAAAUAAAACGCUGAAAGAACUAACUACUUCCGCCCAAAACAACUGUGAUUGAUAUUAUUUUUUAUUAAUUUAACUUUACAAAAAAAAAAAAACUAAAAGACCAAUUACAAAUAGUCAACAAAGAAAAGAAAAACGCACAAAAACUAUGCAAAUUUUUAGUAUGUAGACAACAACUCGCAUUUAAAGAGAGCGCCCCAAUACACACACACACAAACAGAAACUCACACAACCCACUUAUACUUGACACACACACAUACACAUUUAUGCAUACCCACGUAUCGAAGCACAGGCGAGCCAAUGAGCGAGGCAGACGAAAGAGCGCAGGCAGCGCAGAGAGCAAAAGUUUUACUCUCCCCUGAGAGUAAAGAUAAGAAUCUUACGCUCUUGUGAGCAGCAGCAAUCUUACUCUCUCGUGAGUACAAUAAGUUAUCUUCCUAUGCCACGCUCAUUGACUUUGCCUGUUUCGCAGAACUAAAGAAUUUGUUUUUGAUUUUUCUCAAAUCGAGUGCGCGCCCUCGGAAUGCCAUUUAUAAAAUAAUUGCCUAGGCCUUGCCCCACCGUUUGUUUUAUUAUUUUAAUAUUUGAAUU